AUGGCAGUGCUGAGGGCUGGUACUUGUGCUCUGCCAUGGGCAGGCCGGUUCCUGGCUUCCAGUCGGUCCUCCUGGAAACUUGCAUCGUGUAAGACAGCGCUCACCGCGACAAUUGCGCGUCCCCGUUGUUUCGCAACAGCGGCUUCCGAGCCUACUCCGGGGAAGCCGUACUAUGUCACGACACCGAUCUUCUAUGUCAACGCCGCCCCUCAUGUCGGCCAUCUGUACACCAUGGUCAUUGCCGAUGUCCUAAAGCGAUGGCGAACAUUGCUCGGCGAGACCGACGCUCAAUUACUGACGGGAACCGAUGAGCACGGAAUGAAGAUCCAGCAGGCUGCUCUAGCCGAGGGAAUGGAGACGCAAGCGUUGUGCGAUCGGAACUACAAGAAGUUUGAGGACCUGGCGAAGGCUGCAGAUUUGGAUUACGACUACUUCAUUCGGACGACGGAGCCUGCGCACAAGGAAGCGGUCCAAUACUUCUGGGAAAUGCUGCAACAUAGGGGGCUCAUCUAUACUGCCAAGCACGAAGGAUGGUACUCAGUCAGCGAUGAGACCUUCUACCCCCAAACGCAAGUGCAUAAAUCACUUGAUCCGGAGACGGGACAUACAAGGAUGGUUUCGGUGGAAACAGGGAAGGAAGUGGAGUGGUCUUCAGAAACAAACUAUCAUUUCCGACUGUCGGCCUUCCAGGAACGCCUGCUGGAUCUAUACAAGACCGGUUUUAUCACCCCAACGAACUAUACAACCAAUAUCGUCAAGUCCGUUUCUGAAGGUCUUCAAGAUCUGUCGAUCUCCCGACCUUCAGAGCGUUUGACAUGGGGAAUUCCAGUACCCGGAGAUGACACGCAAACCAUCUAUGUCUGGGUAGAUGCGUUGGUCAACUACCUCACUAAGGCAGGCUAUCCCUUCGCUCCGGGCCAAGGGGCUCGCCUCGGUUGGCCGGCGGAUGUACAUGUGGUUGGGAAAGAUAUCGUCCGCUUCCACUGUGUUUACUGGCCAGCCUUGCUUAUGGCUCUCGAUCUUCCGCUGCCUCGCAAUGUCCUUGUUCAUGGGCACUGGACCUUGAAUCGAGAGAAAAUGUCCAAGUCCACAGGCAAUGUGGUAAAUCCUUUCUUCGCGAUCCACCGCUUUGGCGUCGACACGAUGCGCUUCUUCCUCAUUAACCAGGGUGAACUAGCGGGGGACGCAGAUUAUGAUAACGCUUACAUCAUCCGCGAUUAUGAGAAGGUGUUGCGGAAGGGCCUCGGCAACCUCGCUACACGGACGAUCGGGUGUGCAAAGAAGGAGUUCCGGACUUACAUUGUCAAUGGUGCAGAAGGAAGGCUUCCCUCGCCGACAUCCGCCGAUACGGACUAUGAAGUGCAAUUGAGAGAGCUACCCACGAAGGUUGCAAACCACAUGAACAGCCUGAACCCGCGUGCAGCCCUGCAAGAAAUCAGGGCUAUAAUCGAGUUGAGCAAUAAGUACUUUCACAAUACGGCACCCUGGCAGAACCCUGGGGAGACCCAGCGAGUCAUCUACAAUGUCGCCGAAACCAUCCGGAUGAGUGGUAUUCUGCUGCAACCAUUUAUGCCGACCAAAUCGAAGGAGAUUCUGGACAUGUUUCAGGUGCACCCGCAGAGGAGAAGCUUCGCGUCGGCCGAGUAUGGGUCGGACCCAUCCUACGGAGAAGAUACUAAAAAGAAAGCCUUGUUUCCCCCGCUCCCUUUUCGAUUUGAUAACGAAUAA